AUGGCUUCUCUUCCCCUGCCUAGAUUUUCUUCUACCACUCCCCAUUUUUUCAGGAUCAUUCUGGAGGACACUUCUAGACACAAACUUAAAGUUCCGAACAAAUUUGUGAUGAAAUAUGGUAAAGAUCUAUUAAAUUCAGUUUAUCUAAAGCUUCCGAGUGGUUCUGAAUGGGAAGUGGAACUGACAAGAUGCAGAGAUAAGAUUUGGUUUGAGAAGGGUUGGCCAGAGUUCUCUAUGUUUUGUUCACUAGACUACGGGAGUUUCCUGGUUUUUCGAUAUGAAGGGAAUUCUCAUUUCCAUGUUUGCAUAUUUGAUAUGAGUGCCACCGAGAUUGAUUAUCCUAUUACAAUGCCCAAGAUUGAAGAAGCCGUUGAAGAUGAUGAUUUAUCUAUUGAAAUCUUGGAGGAUUUUCAACCCAGCCCCAAAGCAAGAAAGCAGUCUCCAUUACCACGUCCUCCUUACAAGAAAAUGAGAACAAGUUUGAGCAGUAAUGCAAAUAUGAAUUUUGAUAGGGAGAACACUCAACCUUGUGACAUGCUUGAGAAGCCAAUCACAAAGGAGGAUUCACACUGCACUAAAUUAGAAGUGAAAAGGGUAGAUGAUUUAUCUGCAGAGAAAGAUGGCGGAGUCACUGGAGGCUCUUGUGGCACUCAAACGUUCCUUAUACCAACAUGUCACCAGGUUCUUGGCAGCGCUCUAGCUCUUCGUAGAGCUUAUGAUUUCAAAACUGAAAACCCUUCAUUCAUCGUAUCCAUGCGGCCCUCGGAUAUACAAAGUUCUUUGGCUUUGCCAUUGAAGUUUGCCAAACGACAUCUUAUUAAGCAGCCUGAUAGUAACAUCACCCUUCAAGUUUUGGAUGGAAGCACAUGGUCUGUUGAAUUCAAAUAUAGUGAAGAAGAAGAAGCUCGAUUCCAGCAUGGCUGGUUGACGUUUGUGAAGGACAAUAAUUUGGAACUUGGCGAUGUGUGUGUCUUUGUCUUGAUUAAAGACAUUAAACUUUUAUUAAGAGUUGUCUUUUUCCGCACUUCAGAAGCUAUAAAUUGGUUUUUGUAUGGGGGAAAUAGUUUUCCGACCAAAAGAGAUGGUGGAAGCUCUUCUAGUUCUCAAAGACUCCUAAACCGAACACCUCAUGAGGCUCUUGGGAUGAUGAAGCAAUUGACUGCAACUGAGAAAGCUAAUGCCUUCAAGUCUGAUAAACCUUCUUUUGAGAUUGUCAUGCAGCCCUCUUCUAUCCAUUAUCAUAUGAUGUCUUUACCAAAUGAAUUUUCCAAGAGGUAUCUUAUGAAGCUGCCUGCUGGCCUUGCCAUCCUUCGAGUUUCGGAUGGAAGAACUUGGCCUGUUAACUUCAAGUUUGAUCAUGCAAACUCAAGGGCUCGACUCCUGAAGGGUUGGUCACCUUUUGUGAGGGACAAUAAUUUGAAAGUUGGUGAUGUCUCUGCAUACCUUACACAUUGUUUGUUGUUUUCUUUGCAUGUGAUUUGGGGCAAGGCAGGUCAUGGCAGAGGAAGAUUAAUUGUUCAAGUUGAAAAAACAAGAAGACCUGUAGUUAAAAUUGAACCUGAAUGCAACAUGGAUGGUGAAAUUGGUCCUUCUUGCUCUCUUGAAAUUGGCAACAAAAUGUCGAAAAUUAGUGUGCAGGUUACUCAAAGGUCUUCUUCAUCUUUGAGGGCUUCAGAUGUUAAUCUUGAAGCUGCUAACAAGUUCUCCUCGAAGAAUCCCUUCUUCAAAGUCACUAUCGGGUCAGGCCAUUCUGUGCAUGUCCCAGUUAAAUUUUCUAGCAGUUUCAUCAAACAGAAGAAGCAAACAGUGAUGCUUCAGGUCAAAGAUACAUUGUGGCCUGUGAAUUUAAUUUCUAGUGAGCCGUGUUCAACUUCAAUUUGUGGCGGUUGGGCUGCAUUUUCCAAGGAAAAUUGUUUAAGAGAAGGAGAUGUUUGCAUAUUUGAGCUCAUAGAGAUGAAUGACAUAGUACUGCAAGUUCACAUAUUUAGAUAUUGCUUAGAAGGGGAGAGUCAUGUCCUGUCAAGAGGCGUAUGAGGAGGUCUAUUAUUACAGUUGGUAUCGAAAUAUAACAUUUUUGCUGUUGUUCGGGGGUCUCUGGAUACCAGAAUCCUAGAGGAUGCUUUCUCUCUGUUCUGUCAAUUGUUAUGGGAUUGAAGAAUUUCUGAUCUCAAAAAUCUUUUGUUUAUAGGUACAAUUUACCAUAUUUCAUUAGUAAAUUGCACAUAACUUAUUAUGCUGCUAU